UACGAGCCAAACAUUUUGAGUCUCUUAUCAAACCUCAGUCUCUUCUCGGCUUUAAUAGCCGAAACUACUUUAUGAUAUAAAAAAUCAAAUUGUGAAAUCUGUGUCUAAAAACGGGAAUUGAAAAAAUGGGGUUGUAUUUCAAUCUAUCUUAAACAGCGCCUAAACCAAUCGAACAAACCAUGCAUCGUGCUCGUGUUGAUUUCAUCAAGGCCUCUACCGGCUUCCGGUUCCUCCUCCUCUUGGCUGCGAUCCUUGCCAAGAUCGACGCUUUCGUUGUGGCCCUACCGGAUCCUGCCUACUAUCAGCAACAGAAAAUUUCGAAGGAACCACUAAGGAGACCUUUGUUGAAUAGAGAAGAAAUAGAAGAAAAAGGGUUUAAAAUCGAUCGUUUUGGCAACACAAGACAACAAAUUACAGACUGUAUGUUCGUGACGAGUGAAGCUGGAUAUUUUACCUAUAAUUCAUCCACGGACGAUGAAACCGUUUGUGGAGUGUAUUUUAUGACAGAACCUAAUCGCAGGGUGGAAGUGAUUUUUACGCAUUUCGACGUUCCAUGUGAAGGCAAUGGUUUGGCAUCGUUUGUAGAUGGCUGGGAAUUAGGUGGUGAAUUAUUUCCAAGUCCUAGUGAUCAUCAUUUGUCUUUAGAGGACAGGGUGAGUGAAUUUUGCGGUCCAAGGGUAAAUAGAAUUUUCCUGAGUUCGCAAAAUGGAGCUUUAAUUCAGUAUAGAAUACCCAUGAAGGGUAAAGGCUUCACUGUCCUUGUACGACACCCAGAAAAUCCAGAGCCUUGCAACGUACUAGCCAAUGCGACUAUGGCUCCGUUUAUGUUACGCAAUUACCGAAGGCGAAGUAAUUGUACCCUCACGGCACUUUACCCUUGUGCAGUUCGCGUGAUAGCUCUCAGCGUUGGAAAGAAGAAUUUAUUCACGGAAGCUGGAAUUCUGCGCAAGUGUGAUGGCAUUGAUCAAGUUCAAAUUGGCGGAAGUGUCGGACUUGAAACAAAGAAUCUUGAGGUUUUAGACACAGUCUGUGGAACGAAUUUAAAACCAGGUGGUGAAAGGGUAGUGGGUUGUGACGUUACGUCAGUGAGGUUAAUAUCGAGUGGACGCUAUGAUAACUUUGUGAAGGUAAUGAUCCGAAAAGCGGAGGAAAACGACAUUCUCGAUGUUAAUCUCCUUUGCGGUCUAUGAAGUUCUGCGAUUAAUGAUGCGACUUUCCAAUACGUGUGCGAAUAUACGUCGUAUUUACGAUUUGAAUAAUCGAAAAAAGCAGACCAGAGAAUGUUACUCAGGCAUAUUUUCAGUAGAGCUCAUCCUCGAUCCUUCAAAGGUAGCUUACAUCUUCGAUUAUUGAGCACAAUGGAAAAAAAUUCUCCUCAAAAACGACUUUCAUGCGUAUGUUGUAUAUUUUGUUAUGUUUAAAAAAAAUUGAAUGUAUAUCGUCAAGUCCAUCUGAAAUAAAUGUAACGUACCUCA